AGCUUUGGAAAUCCAAUCCUCCGGCCAUUGGCGGGCGCAGCGCCGUGCCUGUGCCAUGGUGCUGCAUGAGCCGCGGUGCCGACGGCAUGGCUUCCCUGCCAUAGCUCUUUUGGCAGCUUUUUCGUCCUAUUUUCUCGCAAGCUUGGCUUUCACCGGCCCAGCGCGACCCUUGACGCUGCUCAAGGAGGAUGGGCGUAGCGUCAAUGUCUUCAUGAGGCAGACAGUCCAAGGUGCUUGCAAGCACAAGGCGAAGAUCAGCCCGGUCAACCCCAAUUUCAAGACGGCCAAAGAGAAGCAAUCCGAGCGUUCCAAGGCCAGGAAGACAGCUGCAGACAGAGCCAAAGACAAAAGCUACGCGCAAUGGCCAGCAGAGAUCCCAGAUGGAGUGACACUCCUGCACGUUGAGUAUGAUACAAAGCCGAUAAAUGCUGAAUCAGCUGACUGGGCACGAAGGACGUGGAGUAGCUUUCCCAAGCCGGGCAACCAGGAAAUUUCCGACUUUCUGAGAAAGAUCCGCUCCAGCUUUGGUCCGAAGGUGCGUGUGGCGUUCAACGAGCCCAGGAUGAUGAAGGACUUAGUUCCUUACGACAACAUUGAAGAGCUCAGAUACCGCAAGGGAGCCUUCGAGGUUGUGAACAUGAACACGGGCAAGCUCUUGUUCUCCAAGUUGAAGACGGGGACCUCCCUUGUGUACGAGGACUACUGGGACACCUUUGCGAAGCGCCUUUCUGAGCAGAUGACCGCCUGAGGGUAGGCAGUCUAUGGUCCGAAUCAUGAGGCAGCCAUAAG